GGCGCUGAUGUAAAAGCGUCCUGCAAAAGGCAAACAAGUCCUUAAGGAUUGUCCUUGUACGGUUCCUGAAACGGCUUUACAGUAUUGUAUUUUGUUUGGUCUGCUGAAGAACUGUUUGGAGAGAUUGUUGUUGCUGUUUUUUUUUUUCUUCAUUAUCAUUUCUUUCAUUAUUCUGAUAUUUGGAAGCUAAAUGUCCUCUGCUAGGUCAGUGCUGUCGCUGUCCAGGCUGCUCCAGCCCUGGGCCGGAUUAAAGGGCAACACGGUCAAUGUGAUAAGACCAGUUAUAUGCAGCAGCAGAGAGAAGUCCUCUUACACUCCCCCUCCUGCAAAGUACGGAGGCCGACACACAGUAACGCUGAUCCCUGGAGACGGUAUUGGACCUGAACUUCUGAGCCAUGUCCGGGAGCUUUUCAGGUUCUGCUGCGUCCCUGUGGACUUUGAGGUGGUGAAAGUGGACUCAACGGCAACGUCAGAGGAUGACAUUAAUAAUGCUGUCACAGCUAUCAGACGCAAUGGAGUUGCACUGAAGGGUAAUAUAGAGACCAAUCACAAACUACCACCCUCUCACAAGUCCAGGAACAACUUGCUACGCACAUCCCUGGAUCUGUAUGCUAAUGUGAUGCACUGCCAGACUCUUCCUGGUGUUCUAACCCGGCACAAGGACAUAGACAUCAUCAUCAUUAGAGAGAAUACGGAAGGAGAGUACAGCAGCUUAGAGCAUGAGAAUGUCCCAGGAGUCGUGGAGUGUCUGAAGAUCAUCACUCGGAUGAACUCAUUGAGGAUCGCUGAAUACGCCUUCAAACUUGCCCGAGAAAAAGGUCGCCACAGGGUCACUGCUGUGCAUAAAGCCAACAUCAUGAAGCUGGGUGAUGGUCUCUUCCUGCAGUGCUGUAAGGAGGUAGCAGCCGGAUAUCCAGAUAUUACUUUUGACAGCAUGAUUGUGGACAACACCACCAUGCAGCUCGUCUCCAAGCCCCAGCAGUUCGACGUGAUGGUGAUGCCAAACCUCUAUGGUAACGUGGUGAGCAACGUGUGUGCCGGACUCGUGGGUGGCCCAGGUUUAGUUCCAGGGGCCAACUAUGGCAAAGACUACGCUGUUUUUGAAACAGCCACAAGGAACACUGGGAAAAGCAUUGCUAACAAGAAUAUUGCAAACCCCACGGCUACACUGUUGGCCAGCUGCCUCAUGCUGGAUCACUUAAAACUUCAUGAGUAUGCCACUAUAAUUCGAAAAGCAGUCCUUACAACUUUAUCUGAGACUCAGUUACACACAGCAGAUCUGGGGGGUCAGGGCACGACGUCUGAGGUGGUGCAAGCCAUAAUGCAGGAGGUUCAGAGGAGCAAACUGCAAAUCUCCAAACCUAUCUGAACAACCAUGUCACCUGAACAUCAGGUAGAAGUCUGCAAUCAAUAUAUACUGCAAAAUUAGGUGAAGCUUAUGUGUGUGUUUGUUUGGUUGUGCUAUAUCAUUUUUAACUCCGCUGCUCUCCAUAUGCUACAUGUAGGUUAAAGCUUUAAUAUGCAAAACUGUUACAGUGAUUAAAAAUUAGCAGUGAGUGGACAGAUUAUUCCUUUUUAAAUAUCCAGAGUUUACUUGAAAGAUCUAAUGCUGCGUUUGACUAAACUCAGAAGUGGAAAGUCAGAACUUGGAAUAUACCUCAUAUACAAAAACAUGGACGCCUCAGUGUUCGUCUUUUGUUACUAACUAGCUAACUUUGAAGAGUGACGUAUAAUUACCUCCUGUAUAGUCAGAGUUAUAAGAGGUAACAAGCUAAUAUAUGUGUAUGCUGCUUGAGCUAAAAGUAAAGAAGUGCUACUUUGCUUAUUAUUGAUGGUGUGAGCAGCCAUGUUGAUUUGAUGUCACUUGCUGAACUCCCUGACUUUCCAAGUAGGAAUUCUGAGUUGAGGGGCGUUUUAUUUGUUUUUUCCUAGUCAAGGUACGAGUUCGGAGUUUUAGUCGAAAGCAGCAUAAAAUCAAACACAUCAAGAGUAACCAUUUUUAGCGAAACACAUAUAGUAGACACUGUUAAACACAGCAGGUGUAAAACUAACACUAACACAGUAUGAACCUAAAUACAUAUUUAACACACUGAGGCAUGGAAUAUGGCAACACACCUGCUACAAGCACUCUUGCACCUUUAACAGGAUAUCAAAGGGAUUCAUGGAGACAUUUGUCAUCUGUACUAUUUAUACAAAUGUUCCAUAUUGUACAUUUACACAACACUGUAAAACACUGGUCUAAAAUUAAGACACUAAACAUGUUGUUUUGCUUUAAUAUGUAAUUCAAUCACCAGUAUGCAGGUUGAUGGAUACCUGCUGAUUAGCCAUGCAGAAUGUUGUCUUAUUUUUCAUAAACAUCCAAGGAUAUUAAUUACUGACAUGUUCCUCUCAGAGUUAUCCAGGCUUUUUUAAAGCUUCCUCUGCCAACAGAACAAUCCGAGGUUUAUUAUUAAGUUUAUUAUGGAUGCAUGGAUUUUAUUAUGGAUUACUGUGUUCAUAACAUGAUGUGUGAUUUAUGUGUAGACUGUUCAUAAUGGUGACAUAAUGGUGCUUUAAUUCUGGACCAAGGAUCACUGCAAUUCUUAAGCACGGUUAAUACUCCCAACACUAAUUAAUCUUUAAGAAUUAAUCUUUAAGAAAUCUUUAAUUUGCACCUAAAUGCAUGGGUUUGCUACAUGGGAUCGUUACACAAGCAGGAGUAAACUAGGAAAGUGUGAUGAGUGAUGUUUCCUGUAUGUGGAAAUCAAAUAGACUGUGUCUACUCUGCUUUUUGACUUAAAUAAUCACUGUUACUGAAAUCAAGUGCUCACUGUAUGUUAAUGUUCAGGAAAAUACAUAAAAGCUCCUAUCGGGAAUCUGCAGUAGGAAUAGCAUACAGAGUUGUUUAUCAUAACCUGUAUCAUUGUUUUUCAUGAAUGUAGCACUGUGGAUAAAGUAUAAGCCAGUGAGAUCUUGUGCAAUAAAUACUUCUCACCUCAAAAAAUA